AGAUUGCAGCAUUAAUCCCCUUACAGAACAGAUACAGGGAACAGACACACCUACUCCUAUCAUGGGGUGCAGCCUGAACAUCUUAAAAAUGAAGGGUAAUAAAAAUUCCCUCCAAUCUCCACAUAAAUCUCACGCAACAAAAACUGUAGGAAAAUACAGCUGCAAUGAGUGUCAGAAACAAUUUACUUAUAAGAGAGACUAUGAUAAACAUCAUAGAACCCACAAAAGUAAAAAACCCUUUUUUUCAAUUCGAUCCAACCUUAAACGCCAUCAAAUAACCCACACAGUGGAGACACCUUUUUCUUGUUCUGAAUGUGGGAAAUAUUUUUUAAGCCAUUCACACCUUGCUCGUCAUCAAAGGACUCACACAGGGGAGAAACCAUUCUCUUGUUCUGAAUGUGGGAAAUGUUUUGCAAGCAAAUCUGACCUUAAAGGCCAUCAAAUAACCCACACAGGGGAGAAACCAUUUUCUUGUUCUGAAUGUGGUAAAUGUUUUUCAAAGCAAUCUAACCUUGCUUGUCACCAAAGAACUCACACAGGGGAGAAACCUUUUUCUUGUUCUGAAUGUGGGAAAUGUUUUUUAACCCAUUCACACCUUGAUCGUCAUCAAAGGACUCACACAGGGGAGAAACCAUUCUCUUGUUCUGAAUGUGGGAAAUGUUUGUCAAGUAAAUCACAACUUAAAAUUCAUUAUAGAACCCACACAGGGGAGAAACCAUUUUCUUGUUCUGAAUGUGGGAAAUGUUUUUCAAAGCAAUCUGACCUUAAACACCACCAAAUAACCCACAGAGGAGAGAAACCAUUUUCUUGUUCUGAAUGUGGGAAAUGUUUCUUAAAUAGCUCUAACCUUGCUCGUCAUCAAAGGACUCACACAGGGGAGAAACCAUUCUCUUGUUCUGAAUGUGGGAAAUGUUUUUCAAAGCAAUCCCACCUUGUUUGUCAUCAAAGGACUCACACAGGGGAGAAACCAUUUUCUUGUUCUGAAUGUGGCAAAUGUUUUUCAAAUCAAUUUAACCUUGAUCGUCAUCAGAGAAUUCACACAGGGGAGAAACCAUUUUCUUGUUCUGAAUGUGGCAAAUGUUUUUCAAACCAAUGGUACCUUAAAAAUCAUCAUAGAAGCCACACAGGGGAGGCACCAUUUACUUGUGAAUGUGGGAAAUGUUUUUCAAAUCAAUCCCACCUUGUUUGUCAUCAAAGGACUCACACAGGGGAGAAACCAUUUUCUUGUUCUGAAUGUAGCAAAUGUUUUCCAAAUCGAUUUAACCUUGAUCGUCAUCAGAGAAUUCACACAAGGGAGAAACCAUUUUCUUGUUCUGAACGAGGGAAAUAAUUUGUAUUGAACAGAAGUCUAAAAAUACUGUAAACUUGUUUUACAAAUGAGGCAUCAGGCAAAUAUUUUUAUGUCCACCAUAAAAUGUUUCUUUAAGAGAACCCUUAGACCAGGGGCCCCAACCUUUCUUACUUUUGAGCCACAGUCAAAUGUAAAAAGUCUUGUAGAGCUACACAAACUCCAUA